UUCUCCCGCUCCCAGUCAGGAUGUAGGUGUUGUCCAAUGCCAAAGGAAGGAAAUUCUGUCACGUAGAACAAUGGGCCUGUUUCUCUAUCUAUAGACUCAGUCAGGCGUAAGGUUGUGGAGAAUGAGCACCACUAGUUGUGCUCUUGUGGAGGGUAAAAAACAUUUAUUUUCAAUUUAUUUUAUAAGAAAUCUGAAUUCAUGGCUGAAGAGAAUUAGAAAAGUGCCUGUAGAUAUGUAACAGACUGAAAAUGGCAUUUUGUGACGGGGAAAGGAAAAUAGUGAGGAUUGUUAGAUUACUUUGAAGAGGAUAUUUCCAUUUAGGGUAUUAAGAAGAAACUACAGCGGGAUCAGAAGUGAAUUGGAUGGAGGGGUCGGGCAGUCCUCGUGUCAGAAAGCUCCAUUUCCCAGUGGGUCUUUGGAUUAAUUCCCCCAGGAAGCAUUUUGCAAAGCUGGGACGUCGCUGGCCCAGCGCUGUGUCUGUCAAGUCGACCACCAGCUCUGACGCGGCCUCCCUUCACGAGGCCCCCUCCGCUCCUUCCUCUUCUCUUUCUAACUCCACUCCCUCCCUGGCUUCCCCCACCCCGUCACCUUCUCCUUCCCCGGCCUUCCUCAGGCCGCGACAAGCUGGGCCCCAGUCGCGCACGAAGCGUCUUUCCCAUCUCUUCCUACGGGGACGCUCCAACAGCGACCGGGACCGGGCGGUGGGGGAGAGGGAGAGGGAGGUUUGGGCCCACUCGGCCGCCUCCUCCUCCCACCAUUACGUGCCCACUGCCUCUUCCUCUGCCCCGGGCCUCAUCAAGAUCUAUGGGGAUGCUCUCUCCAGCGGAGCGAACUAUCGCUCCCUGCUGGCCAACAUUCACUCAACAGCCAGGCAGCUCAUCGCUCAGGUCAUCACUCGUUACACCGAGAGAGAGAGGGAGGAGACUGAUGACGCAGUUCUCCAGAAGCACAGCCCUGAGGACUUCCUGUUGUGUGAUGUCAUCGGAAAGCCCAUUCAGCAGCCAGAUGGCGCUAUCAAGUGGGAGACGGAGUGUCGGAGAAGUGUAGCCCUGUGGGAAUGCCCCUUGUUGUUGGCGGACAUGUGGCGGCCUAAGGAUGGACUCGAGCGGCGAUUUGAAAUCCAAAGGAAGGAAGACUACGAAAGAGAGGAGAGGGAGCGGGAGAAGGAGCGGGAGAUGGAGGCAGAGAGCUAUCAAGGUGUACGCUGGAGGCGCAGCAGGAUGGCGUCAGGGGGUGGGGCAGAGGAGGCCGAGCGUGGCCACCGAGGAAGGAACACGGAGCUCAGGAGGAGCAUCAGUGACAUGAACCUCAGUCUGAGGCGCCGCCAAGGUAAUCAUGUGACCAGCGAUGCGCGUGGAAGUCGCAACAACGGAGCGGUACAGGACAGGAAAAACAUUGUGAGCAUGAUCAACCCUCAACAGGGAGAGAUCAGAGCCUCCAAAGCGGAAGCAAAGGUUGGAUGGACCAAGCCGCCAGAGGAAGACAAGGACUACUCCAGCUGUGACCUGGAAAUUAUGUCACAAAGUCUGAUUCUUCCGCCUAGCGACCGGCCCUACUUCCUGUUGCUGCAGGGUUACGAUCAGAGCAAGGACUUUGUUUUGUACAUUAUGGCGGGGCAUACACAUGUGUUUGGGAGAAAGCCGACCAUGAGGGAGCGGGAGAAGGACAAAGACAGGGAGAGGAAAGGGAAGAAGCCCCUCAAGGUGGACACCUUCCUGUUUGCGCCUGACCUUUUGGCCAGACACUUACUCGUGAGGAGGGACUCUGCUGCUCCCGAGACCCCGGCUGGGCGAGCCUUGAUGCGGCCUUUCAGAGGAGGCGCCGUCACCCAUAACGGGGUGGCCCUCUACAGGGAGACCUUCCUAAAACCCGGGGAUGUCAUUGGCCUUGGGAACCACUUUCUUUUCUUGUACCGUGACCCCCGAGUGACCCCGGCUCCGCCUCUGGCCUUGACUUUGCCGUGGCACUCGGAUGGCUCACACCCCUGCUGCCCUUCGGGCUUGGCGGACAAGCAGGAGGCACUGAGACAGUACCUCGGGAAGACUGAAUCUGUUCUCAAGUUCCAUCCUCGCCACGCUGACACCUUGUUGCAGGAGAUACUGUCAAAAAAUUCCUCCCCUGACUCUGGAGGCGGGCCUUUGGCACCAGCGUACCUUCUGUCAAUCAUGAUCGACCAUGCCUCCAAGAAUCUUGACCCGGCGCUCACGCCCCAGAUAUUGCUCAAGGUGGCCAAUCAGAUCAAAGAAAUUGUCUGGGAAAACAUCAAGGAAUUUGGGGAUAAGCAUCCCACGCAAAAUUCAGCCGAGCAAGAAGUGGAGCUCAGCACGGCCGACGUCCACAAACUGUCGUCUGACCUCCGGCCGCUGAUGUUCUGGAUGUCGAACGCCACGGAGCUCCUCAACUUUUUCCACGUUAAAGUGGAAGCCAUGGAGAAAGAGUGGGAGUUUGAAGCCCCGGGUGAUCCAGUGUUGGCGUCUGACAUGGACACGUGCUCUGAGGCUCUGGCUCAGCUGGACGAUGUCAUCAUGCACACCUUCCAGCAGUGCGUCUAUCAUCUGACAAAGACCCUCUACUCCCUCCUUCCCGCCCUGUUGGACACCAACCCGUUCUCCAAUGAAGAGAAGGAGAAAGACAGAGAUGGAGCUGAAGGAGCGAAGGGGGCGGUGACAGGAGAAAAGGAGGCAGAUGACGUCUCCGUCCUGCCGCCCAAAGUGGCCGGGCUGGUGGAGGUGUACCGCUCGUCCCUGAUACUGUCCCGGGAAGCCCGCCUGUCCCCACCUCUCACCUCCCAAACCUUUGGCUACCUCUUCUUCUUCACCAACACCUCCCUGCUCAACACCUUGCUGGAAAGAGACGGACUCUUUUCCUGGUCCAGAGCGGUCCAAAUCCGUACAAACUUGGACUUGGUUCUGGAUUGGCUCCAAGGGGCAGGGCUUGGCGACAUUGCCUCUGAGUUCACAAAGAAGUUGUCAGUCAUCGUCAACUUUUUGUGCAUUCCCAAAACCCGCCUCAUCCAGUCGUCGUGGGACACUUUACACGAGGAUCACGCCUUGCUAAGCCCUGCCCAACUCCACCACCUGCUCACUCAUUAUAAGUUGGGACCCAGCAGAGCCCCCCCGGCCUCCUGGGCCCCCCCGCCUGGCACAGAGUUAAGCGGAGAGGGGCGGACUUCUUUAUAUGGGAGUGUCUGUAAGCAGAUAAGUGCUCUGCUCUCCCCCAAGGUCUGCUUCCUCCGCCCUGCCCCAAGCUCAAACAUAUUCGAGAGCUUUCUGGACCACCCUCCCCUCAUCCUGCCCAACGAGACACCUCGGCUGGACCUCUCCCAGCCAGUCCCGAGUGUCGAGCUCCAGAAGGAGGUCAUCCGUCUUCGUACAUUCUUGUGGGGGAUGGACCAGGACGAGUUGCCCGCCAAUCAGAGGACUCGGCUUUGAGCGAUGAAGAAAACCAACAACAGGUGUUACUUUCUAACCUUUCCAUAGUCCACCAUGUAUUAGUUUAGAUUGGAAGAUUCUGUCAUGUACCUUUACACCUUUAUGCUUUACUUCAAUAUAUCUUACAUCAUGAAUAAAAAUGUCUCCAAAUGUACCCUUUGGCACCUUUUCUUCACGCUAUUAUAAGUGUAAAAAGAAAUCUUGUUGUAAAAGAAAUCAACGUGACCUACAUUUUUUUGUAACCCUUGUAACUGUAAUACAGUCAUCCAUCCUUUAUUGUCGACAGUUGGUUCCGUGAUAAGUCCAUUUACAGUUAAAGUUGAAUACGACAUACAAAGCCUGUUUAUGGCAUUCUAAAUGCAAAUUAUUAAAGCCCUGUAGACAUGAAAUAGCACCCCUAUAGUCACCUUUACAUUCCUAUUAUUCUUUCUUUACAUCACAUUGUGCAGACUACGGCAUCACUGCAUGGACAUAUCAGACAACCGCUGCUAGUAUAGCAAGCUAGCGAACUAACUAUUUAGCAUCUUCAAUUUACUGUACUCAUUCUAACCUUAAGAAAGUGGGGCGAAAGGGGACGACAAGGGGAAGACAAAAAUAUCCUUCUCAGCCACAGCAUGUCUGUCUCGGCCAUGCCAUGUCCUUCGCAGCCAUGGCACGUCCUUCUUAGCCACAGCAUGUCUGUCUCGAACAUGGCAAAUCCUUCUCAGCCAUGGCACGUCCUCGCCAACCAUGGUUCAGCCAUAGCAUAUCCAUCUCAGCCAGCCGUGGCAUGUCCGUUUCAGCCACAGCAUAUCUGUCUCAGCCAUAAAAUGUCCGUCUCAGCCAUUGCAUGUCCAUCUCAGCCACAGCCAUAGAAUGUCCGUCUCAGCCACAGGAUGUCUGUCUCCACCAUGGUAUGUCCGUCUCAGCCGCAGCAUGUCCAUCUCAGCCACAGCAUAUCUGUCUCAGCCGUGGCAUGUCCGUUUCAGCCACAGCAUGUCUGUUUCGGCCAUGGCAAGUCCAUCUCAGCCACAGGAGGGCUGUCUCAGCCACAGCAUGUCUGUUUCGGCCAUGGCACGUCCAUCUCAGCCACAGCAUGUCCAUCUUGGCCAUGGCACGUCCGUCUCAGCCACAGCAUGUCUGUCUCAAACAUGGCAUGUCUGUCUCCAUGAUGAUAAAUGGUCUUUUACUUGUACAGCGCACUCAAAGCCCUUUGACACUGUUAGCACAUUUACCUAUAAUGACGCCGCAUCGGGACCAACUGGGUCUUCACUAUUUUGCCUAAGGAUACUUCCACAUGAUCACGGGAGGACAGAAGACAGAGGAUUGAACCAGCAAACUUCAGGUUGGGAGGCGACCCCUAUACCGGCUGAGCCAUGCCGCUCACGGCACGUCUAUCUGUGGUACGGCACUUCGGCUGGGCUCUGCUAGCUCAGUAGCAUGCGUCUCCAUGCAGUGUGAAAGCUAAUGUCAAGUCUCAUAACAUGACUGAUGCCGAGUGACCGCAAUACUGCAUAGAACUUGUCUUUCAAUGUUUCUCGACUAACAUUAGACCAAAACAGCUAUCAUUCAUUUUUUCAUUAUUUAAAAAACAACAAAGGCUAUAUGGUGAUGGAGCGAUACUGGAACCAGGAUAGAGUGAGGGAUGACUGUAUAAAACAUAAAAAUAAGUUAACCACGAUAUGAUGCAGUUUUGCUAAACCUGAUGAACCAUAUUUGGUGUUUUUGGACUGUAUUUUAAGUGUAAAAAGAUGGAACCACAAUGUGGGAUGUAAAUCUCUCUGUUGUAAACCAGUCAAUACACGGUUAAGAUACCAAUCCAAAAUCCUACAUUUCAAAAUACAACGAUUCAAUAUGAUUCGGUACAGUGUGCAAACGAUACUAUCUGAUUGGAUACAAUUCUACGGUACCA